GUUCGCGGGAGCGGCGCGCUGUGGGUCGCUCGGGCGCACGUCCGGCCGGGCCGACGAGAACCGCGACCAUGCUCCGCGCGGCGGCCCCGGGCCGGCUCCGGCGGGCGGCCUCCCUGCUCCGUUUCCAGAGUACUCUGGUAAUAGCUGAGCAUAACAAUGACUCCCUAGCGCCCAUUACCCUAAAUGCCAUCACCGCGGCCACGCGUCUUGGCGGCGAGGUGUCUUGCUUAGUGGCUGGAACCAAAUGUGACAAGGUGGCAGGAGAUCUGUGUAAGGUGGCAGGCGUGGCCAAAGUUCUGGUGGCUCAGCACGAUGCCUACAAAGGCCUCCUUCCAGAGGAGCUGACGCCGUUGAUUCUGGAGACUCAGAAGCAGUUCAGUUACACGCACAUCUGUGCCGGGGCCUCUGCCUUUGGGAAGAACCUGUUGCCCAGAGUAGCAGCCAAACUUGAUGUCGCCCCGAUUUCUGAUAUCAUUGCCAUCAAAUCGCCUGACACGUUUGUGAGAACUAUUUAUGCCGGCAAUGCGCUGUGCACCGUGAAGUGCGACGAGAAAGUGAAGGUGUUUUCUGUCCGAGGAACGUCCUUCGAAGCCGCGGCAGCCAGCGGAGGCAGCGCGGGCUCAGAGAAGGUCUCCAGCCCUCCGCCCGUGGGAGCGUCAGAGUGGCUGGACCAGAAGCUGACCAAGAGCGACCGGCCCGAGCUCACGGGCGCCAAGGUGGUGGUGUCGGGAGGUCGGGGUUUGAAGAGUGGAGAGAAUUUUAAACUGUUAUACGACUUGGCAGAUCAGCUACAUGCUGCAGUGGGUGCCUCCCGGGCCGCCGUCGACGCUGGCUUCGUCCCCAACGACAUGCAGGUCGGUCAGACGGGAAAGAUAGUGGCACCGGAACUGUACAUCGCUGUUGGGAUUUCCGAGCCAUCCCAGCAUUUAGCCGGGAUGAAGGACAGCAAGACGAUUGUGGCCAUUAACAAAGACCCCGAGGCCCCCAUCUUCAGGUGGCGGACUACGGCAUCGUGGCCGACCCUGUUCAAGGUCGUUCCCGAAAUGACGGAGCUCCUGAAGAAGAAGUGAAGCGGGCGAUCACCUCGAGACCCCGACGGAGCCCGUCCGCGCUCCCCGACGCCAGGCCUGGGGUAAACCGAGGCAGCCAGCGAGCUCCCCACCGCGCCCCCCGCCGGCGCGGGGCCCAGCAGCCAGGUUUCGAAAAUUCCUAAAUCUGUGACAAAAGUCUGUAAUUAAACAGCUUUGAAACUG